AUGCACCACCUUGAAGGUCCCUGGGCGGCGGCAGAUAGUUCCAGGCGCCCGCCGUACAGUUCGGAGCCAUCGGACCUCUCAAGAGACGACCAGAGACCGCUAAUAAAUGUGCGGUCCGGCGACUCAACGGAGACCCGCACCGAACUGCCAGAGUCCGAGCAACCCCCCACACCGAAGAGCUCCGUGACCGCCGAGCCCAGCGCGGCCCUCAUCUCCGGCGAUCCGAGAAUUGCCUAUAAAAAGCUUGCCAACACGGACCGGGACUCGACCGAGUCACCCCGUCACGCCGGGUGGGACUACACGUCAGGAAGAACAGAUACAAAGUCCCAUCUGUCCCACAAGGAAUCCGGCCUUGCUCCUCCUGGCCCCAAGCAGCCAUGGACUUCGUCCCUCAUGGGCUGGCUACCCGAGCUGCUGUGGUCCAUCAUAAGCAUCGCCUCCGUCGCCGCCCUCGCGGGAGUCUUGUCCCGGUUCGACGGCCAACGGCUGCCCGAGUGGCCCCUGGGGCUGACGAUCAACGCGCUCAUCGCCUUUCUCGCGACGCUGGCGCGGGCCGCGUUCGUCAUCCCGGUUUCCGAGAGCCUGUCGCAGCUGAAAUGGCUUUGGUAUCGCAAGGAGAGGCCUUUGGAGGACUUUCAGGACUUUGACUCGGCGAGUCGAGGGCCGUGGGGGAGUAUCCAGUUGUUGAAGACGACCAGGGGUUGGUCCCCGAGUCUCAUCGCCACGAUCGUCAUGAUCACGGCAAUCUUCACCUCGACCUUGACGCAGUCUGCCGUGACGUACCCCGUCCGUCUUGCGCGCGUAGACGGAGAUGCCACGGUAGCCAGGUCCACGUCGUACUUUUUCAGUACUUCCAAUCUCUUCUCCGGAAUGAACCAGCAACACUAUGUCCAACAAUCCAUAUUCGAAGGCCUGAGCUACGAUCACACCCAAGAAUUCCCCCUCAGCCCGGCCCGCUGCCCCACAAGCGAAUGCCAGUGGGACGCCUACAGCUCACUGAGUAUCUGCGCCAAGUUCUGGAACAUCUCGGAGUCGCUAAACGUCACCACCAAGAAGAGGCCAACCGGCGGCCCCUUGGUACUCGUCUCGCUCCCCAACGGGCUGUCAGCGAACUUGAGCGAGCCUCACUAUGGCCUCGUCAACCUGAGGGGCACGAGCGAGCCGAUUGCCUCGGACGUAGACCCCGAGGCGGCGCUGUUCAAUUUUACGGUAAUCUACUCCCUGCGGGAGGGGAAUGAUGACACGAUCGGUGCCGUGGAGGCUGUGCUGUAUUUUUGUGCCAAGACGUAUACUCUCUCGUUCACGGGCAACAUCGAGUCGCGCGAGGUCCUCGAUGUCACGUUGGAGGUUGAGCCGGGCUCCAUCACGUUCCCGACCGGCCAGGUACGGGACGACUUGCCGGCGAUACGAGAUCCUCUCAACCCCGAGGGCGGCAAUUUCCCCUACGGCGGUACGGGGCUCGGUGCGAUGCGGGAGAGUCUGGCGUACGCGCUCAACGGGUCGUAUGCGGACCUAAGCGGGAUCCAGAGUACACUCGGCCUGGCGCCGGCUCGGUACUGGGCGGCGUUGCAGUAUGGCGCCAAGACCUUGGAGGCGCAGGGGCGGAUGAACGUCUCGCAGGAGGUUGUGAUCAAAGAGUCUGUUGCGAAUAUUACGAAUAAUAUUGCGAGGAGCUUGUCGAACCGGAUUACGGAUGACACCACAAUUGCAAGAGGGAAAGCGCUUGCGGCGGAGACUUUUGUAAAAGUUCGCUGGCCUUGGCUCGCAUUUAUCUCCUGCCAGGUCGCCCUCUCAAUAGUCCUCCUGGCCUUCGCCAUCAUUCAAACAAGGUCGGCGGGGAUCGGCGUGGUGAAGAGCUCUACCCUGCAGGCUAUGGUGGCCAUCAACUCGAAGGAUAAGCAGACCCUCGAGAUUGGACUUGCGCAGAGAAAACACCAGGAAGAGGUUGACGAUAUCGUCAGGAGAGGUCCUGGAAUAGCCUGGAGCUUGGGCAUGACUGAUAGGGGAUGGAGUCUACGUAUUUGA